CAGUCCAGCACUGAGACACUGUGGACCUUUGGAGAGAGCGCGCACGGUGCGUUAUAUAGCGACUAUAUUUGGGAGCUCUGAACGUUGUUUGCUUCACUCACAAAAUUGGUCCAGGAGCAGUAUUCAUUAGGUAGGAGGCGCUCCUGCCCGACACACUUUGUUCAUGACUCUGGAAGUUCAAUCGAGGAAAAAGCGCACCGACGUUUGACAUCGCUUCAGGAGCAAGUGCAACAAAUACAGACGAAAACCACAACUGAACACGCGCAUUGACUCUUGGAAAUGGCUUUACCUUGCCUUUUGCCUUCGAUUUCAACGUUUGCAAACCAGAAGGAAAAACUUUGGGAGGAUAGGUGGAAAUGUGAGGAGGACAAACCACUGAGCGGCAGCUGCCCUCCGCUCAACGUGGCACAGAACAUGGACAUUUGUCGUGGCCGCAAGGAUGACGAGGAUCUGAGCAAUUAUUUGGACCUGGAGUUUAUCCUGGCCAACACAACAGGACCUCUAGAGGCGGGAGCCGAAUACGUCUCGCACGCAGAGCCGUGCGGCCUGUACUCGACGGGAGCGUAUGCGUCUCCGGAGCAGCCGCCUCCGCCGCCGUACGGGAACAGCCUCAUGGCUGAGCUUCUGAGAUCUGACAUGGACAGUGCCUACGACGGUGCAAUUCAGGGAAGAUUCGUCAUCAACUCCACUGGGUUCCCCAGACAGGACUUUGUUGAUAUCAAAGUCGAGCCGCCGAUGGACGGUUACGGGCCAGUGAUGGGCAUGGUGCCGCAAAGCUGCCAAAAAAUCAAACAAGAGGGCAACGUUUCAUGCAUGAUGUCUUUCGAGCAGCCCAGGCUGGCCGUUUCCCCGCAGGCGACGGGGAACAUGACGCCCCCGUUGAGCCCGGACGACUCCCAUCUGCGCCAAGCCGCGUUUCCGCAGGGCUUCCAUCACUCGCCUCCGGCCUACGCUCAAAUGCAACUGCCCUACACGGCGCCGCACCAGUACGGCAUGUUCGAGGAGGCCAUCGGGAUGCAACCCAACAUGCAAAGGGCUCUCCUGACUCCCCCGUCCUCCCCGCUGGAGCUAAUGGAGUCCAAACCCAAGCGAGGGCGACGCACCUGGCCGAGGAAGCGCACGGCGACGCACACCUGCACCUUCGCCGGCUGCGGCAAGACGUACACCAAGAGCUCGCACUUGAAGGCGCAUCACCGAACCCACACCGGUGAGAAGCCGUACCACUGCAACUGGGAAGGAUGCGGAUGGAAGUUCGCCCGCUCCGAUGAGCUGACGCGUCAUUUCCGCAAGCACACCGGCCACCGGCCGUUCCAGUGCCACCUGUGCGAACGCGCCUUCUCCCGCUCCGACCACCUGGCUCUGCAUAUGAAGAGACACCUGUGAGGACUGGAUCCACAUUAACUGCCUUAUUUAAUGACUUUAAAAAAAUCGCCUGUUGUCGAUAAAGAAAUAUAUAUCAUCAUACUUUUGUAACAAAGUAGCUGGUACUACAUAGAUUAUGCAGAGCUCUUUUUAAAGGUCUGAAGGGCUGGUCCUAUGAAUCUGUGUCCAAUUGGGAGACAGUACGGUGCCUUUCUGAAGCCGCAACGAGUGCAAAGCCUGACGACUAGCAAACCUCCAGUGGAAAAUGCACGAUGACAAUGUUUUGCUCUUGAAACUGCCUUGCUAUCAUGCAACAAACAGCUGUGUGUUUGUUUUUUUGUUCAUUUUGAUACACUCUUAAUUGCAUGUGUACUGAAAGAAGCAAACGUCGGUAACACUUUACAAUAAAGUCCCAUCAGUUGACGCAUUGUUACAGUAUUUAUUACUCGUUAAUAACGUUAACUGAGAUGAAUAAAUGCUUUAGAAUGGUUAUUGUAAAGUGUUGCCCUGUUGUACACUAGCACCGUAUAUGCACUGGGGCUUGAAGUCCUGGGUUUUUAUAAGAUUGUGUACAUACAUUUUAUAUUGUAAGUACUGUAUUUAUUGUAAAUAUUAAACUAAAUUUGAAUAUA